UACAGGAAAAUUACGAAUAUAAAAAGAAAAGUAAUAAUAGCGAACUUUUGACGCUAUGUGUAAACAGGAAAAUGAUGCUCUAAUGUCUCAUCGUCUCCAGCUUCGUCUCAGUUAGGAGCAAGAUGGCCAUCUUCCGCGACCGUAUUAGGGGUUACAGAUGUCACAGGCUUAUUGCAGCUGUCGUCAUCUCAUGUAUGGUGAUAUCAGUGUUUCUUCUUGUGCCUCUUACGAGUCUGGAUUCCAAGAGCAGCGAUGUCAGGCAGGUGAAGUACGGUCACAGGUUCACCUACAAGACCUGGCUGGAUCACCUGUGCCCACGCAGUCAGAUCAGAGAUGCACAAGCACAGCAACUGAGGCUGAAAUGGGAGGCGCCUUCAGUGAAGACCAUAUUCUUCAUGCAGACAUCUUGUGCCGACGCGCUUACCGCUAGAGAGGCUUGUGCGGUGGAGAGCUUCGCGCAGCACCAUCCUGAUCGUCCCAUUCUUCUUCUCAUGACGUCAUUUACUAUGAACCAUACCAACCCCAUUAUGCAGACGUUGCUCCAGCUGCCCAAUUUUCGAGCUGCCUACCUGGAUCUCGACGUCGUGUUCAGCGAGGAGCCCCUUCGCACUUGGCACACGGACAGGAACUGGCUCAUUGUCGAAAGAAAGGCGGGCAUGAUGCUGAGCGACGCUAGUAGAUCUGAGAUCCUGCGUCGCUUCGGAGGCACGUACACUGACCUGGACGCCAUCGCUCUGCGUCCUCUGCCGAAUGGCACAAACUGGCUUGCAGAAUUUUAUGACGGUCGGGUGACAGCUGCUCUGUCCAGUUUCUUGCCAGGGCACAACCUUUUCCAAAGAGUGGUGGAUGCAAUACCCCGAGCGUUCAACCCGUAUGCUUGUUGUUCUAUUGGGCCUGACCUGGUCACUGCCGAGAUGCGUCACCUGUGUCCAGACGCCUUCAGCAGCAUCGUUGCGAACGACCUGCAAGAAUCCGCCAUGUGCAGUGACAUCACAGUGCUUCCUAUCGGCAACUUCUAUCCUAUAAACUACGAGAUGGGACCUCGCGGCUUUUCGCAGUUGCUUCGGUCCGGGACUGGCCAGGAGUUCCUGAAGAGCACAAAGGCUCACUCACUCCAUCUGUUCAGUUCGCUUACUGCCAAAGACUUGCUAUAUCUCGGUGGCGGCUCUAUUUUGGAAGAAGUGGCAAAGAAAUACUGCCCGAAAGUGUUUAAAGCUCAACGAAGCAUUAGUGCUGUAAUGUAAUUUAUUUUUCGUUCAAA